GAUCAUGAAAGGAGUCUCCUGUGGCACAGCUGUGAGUUUCAGCAGUUUGUUGGCAGUGACCUGACCCGCUUUAAACCCAGGGACUGGAUUCCUCCCAGCCUUGGAGAAAGAUGGGUCGUUGGAUCGUUGUCAGCUUUUUUCUGCAUGUCCAACGUCUGCUGAGGGAAGGGGGAAGUCCGCAGUGUAACCCCAAUCGGAAGGAAUCAAUUAGUCAGUCUCUGGAUUAUACAUGCCUGCACAGUGUGCCCGGUGUAACGCCGUGAAAAGCACCUCCAUUAGAUUAUGGUUAAAGGGGUUAAAUAACAGCAGACGUACUCGGGGGUGCUUUUAACGUCAAAACAUAGUUUUCUCUGCCCGGUGCGUCGUCCCCAUCUGUCACUGCGGAUUACAACAUACUACACUAUAGGGUGUUUAAUAGUUCCACUUUCAUUGUUUGCAUUUUAUCGUGGAGGUAAAAACUUAACUUAAAAAUAAACAGUUGGUCCAUAAAUAAAUGUAAAAAGGAUGACGAUGAUGUGGGAGAUUCAGGGGGUGUUUGCUUUGCCGAUACAACGUCGCGCGCUUCCCUUUCACUUUUAACAUCACGCUGAUUUACAACAGAGGGGAAACGCCAGAUGUAAUCCACCAGAGCUGCAUCUGGGGGCUGUUCGAGCACAUUUUUAAAGACGCUGUUGACUGCUUGGUGUGUAAUGAUGCAAGCUGUCGUGACGAUGACAGCACUUCUGGUCCCUCUGCUCUUCCUCCUCACACCAGGUGUGUGCUGCCUGAGAAGCAAGGAGAUAUAUGUCAAGGCAGGUGAGAUGGUGGCACUGCUCUGCCCCUCUUAUCAGAAUGGUGAUGCCAAACUGACCUGGACCAGUUAUACCACAGAGGAGACGGACCUGACCAACAUGUCAUCAGUUGAGCAGAGGCAGAUGGGUGUGCUGGUUCAUGGGUGGAGCCUUAUUGUUCUCUGUGCAUCUGUAAAUCAUCAGGGGAACUACUCUCUGAGGAGUGCCAGCAGCCAGUUCUGGUUCAGGCUGACAGUAAACACAGCACAGUCCAGAGAGCAUGAAGAAGAAACUAAGUACUCUAAGACAUGUUACACAGCAGAAUCCUGUGAAUUGUUUUGCCCUGAUGAAAAUAUUCCUGCUGUAAAUACCCCGACUAUUACCAGCAACGGCAUCACAUGGCACAAGAAGGGUGAGUCAUGGCCAAUACGCAGUUACUUCUCACGUGUGGAGGCAAAAGACAGUGGUGUCUACACCUGUACCAGAUCUUACCUGUAUCAUGGUCAGAUAUAUAACAUGACCUUUACAGUGGUGCUUAAUGUCAAAACAAAGGAGGCUGCGAAAACUGCAGAAAUCAUUUCCCCACACCAGGAUGAGGUGUUUCCUGUAGAUCUGGGCUCAGCAAAGGUGAUUAACUGUACAGCUGUUGUGUUUUCAAACUUUGACGGGGUGUUCUGGGUGAGUGGGAAAACAUCUGUUUCCCAAAACACCAGGUCACCAGUUUUCUAUAAUCUCACACGGGAAAAGCAUGGUGAUGAAAUAAAGAUAACAGCAUCUCUGGUCUUCAAAAAAGUGUCACAGGAGGAUCUAUCAAAAAAUUAUACCUGUAAACUAGAAUCUGUUUUCCAGUCCUCAAGUUUAAUCACCAUUACCCUCGUCCAAAAACCUCGCCCCUCUUACACUGCCCUGGCUCUCAGCAUUGUGGGCAUUGUGGUAGUAAUGGUUGUGACAGUAGUUAUCUAUGUGAAGUUGAAAAUUGACAUCACUCUUUUCCUAAGAGACACUCUUGGCUGCCAUAGAAGCACCUCAGAUGGAAAAAGCUACGAUGCCUUUUUGAUGUGUUAUAAGAGCGACACGGAUGCAGGACUAAAUGCUUAUGACAGAAAACAGGUGGAGAGUGUUUUGGAGGAGACGUUUGGUUACAGCCUCUGUCUUUAUCAUCGUGACAUCUUACCUGGGGAAGCUAUAGCAGAGGCAGUGUUAGACCGCAUAGAGCAGUGCCGGACGGUGGUCCUGGUUCCCACAUCUCCAGAUCCCGGUCUAGGUUCUGGAGUGCUGAGUGCCAUCCAUGCAGCCCUUGUGGAGCGGCAGACUCACUUGAUUUUCAUCAAAACGGAGACAACAGAAACAUCAACAUCAGGUUCCUUAGCUGAGGCCUUACAUCUUCUUAGUGAGGCCGGAGACUGUGUCACCUGGAGGGGCAUGAGAUCCAUGCCACCCUCCUCCUCCUUCUGGAAACAGCUACGGUAUUACCUACCUGUGCCACAGCACGCACCAAAAAUAAGCCUUUUACCACAGACAAUCCAGGAUGUUGGAUGUUAAGUUAGAAUUAAUAGCCUACAUCACAUCCACCUUCACCACCAGUUUAUAUUCUGUAUAUAAAAUAAUUUAUUCAUUUACUUAAUUCAUAUUUAAUUUUAGUAACUUAAUUUUUCUAUAAAAUAUCUUGUAUUCUUGAGUCAUUGAACAUAUGUUCCCCUUUUUCAGGUAAAAAAUUUCUACUGUAAGCCAGAAGGCUGACAUAAGAAACUUUUCCUGAUCACUGUAUGUAUGAGAGUAAUGUGAAAAUGUAGAAUUGCCUCUUGUUCACAUCAGCUUGUGCACUGUAUUCUCACAACAGUUCAAGUGCUGCUUUUCAUAUUGGCUGAAUUAAAAUCAGUUUUAUAAUUAAUAAUUUUUCAAAUUUCUUAUUAUACAUCUCUUUCCAUACCACUUUGUAUAUCUAUAUUAUCUGUAGAAACCCUUCACAGAAAUUUGUUUUUGAACAUACAAGCUCUGUUCUCUAUAUGCAAAUUAAGAUCUCUACUGUCACUGUCAUGCUGCUGUUUAUCUUUUCCUCAUCCAUGUGCCACUGUGUGAUGCCCUUGAAGUGUACUUAAAAAUAAAGGAUAUACCUGCAUUAA